CUUGUACCACCUUGUCGACCGAGAGAUAUUUACAUGAUAAAUGCCAGCUUUGUGUGGCACAGUACUGAAUGCCUGCUUGCAUUUGAGUGUCUUGCCUCAAGUAAAGAUGGCGAUCAAAGAGCCACUGGUCCAUGCAAGCAGCAAACGGCAUCCAUGGAUUGUUUACUUCACUACAUUUGUUGCAGUCUGUGGUUCUUAUGAAUUUGGAGCUUGUGCUGGAUAUUCAUCUCCUACUCAAGAUGCUAUCAGGAAGGAUCUCAGUCUGUCUUUGGCAGAGUACUCCUUGUUUGGCUCCAUCUUGACAUUCGGAGCAAUGAUCGGUGCAAUCACAAGUGGGCUUAUUGCAGAUUUAGUUGGACGAAAAGGGGCAAUGAGAGUGUCAAGUGCUUUCUGUGUUGCAGGAUGGAUUGCUAUUUACUUUUCAGAGGGGCCAGUGCCUUUGGACAUUGGGAGGCUAGCAACAGGAUAUGGAAUGGGAGUUUUUUCAUAUGUGGUUCCUGUCUUCGUAGCUGAAAUUGCACCAAAAGAACUCCGUGGGGCACUGACAACCCUAAAUCAGUUCAUGAUCGUUACUGGAGUGUCUGUGUCAUUCAUAAUUGGAAAUGUCCUUUCAUGGAGGGCUUUAGCUUUAAUUGGCCUCAUUCCCACUGCUGUAUUGCUUUUUGGUCUGUUUUUCAUUCCAGAGUCUCCUAGGUGGCUGGCAAAGAGAGGACGAGGAAAAGAUUUUGAGGUAGCACUGCAGAUACUUCGCGGAAAAGAUGCUGACAUAUCUCAAGAGGCGGAGGAAAUUCAGGAUUAUAUAAUAACUUUAGAUCGGCUCCCAAAGCCCAAGCUGCUGGAUUUGUUUCAGAGACGAUAUUUGCGCUCAGUCACUAUUUCAGUGGGACUUAUGUUCUGCCAGCAAUUAGGAGGAAUCAAUGGAGUUUGCUUCUAUACUAGCAGUAUUUUUGAGCUGGCAGGAUUUUCUACCACCAUCGGGACUAUAAUAUAUGCUUGUCUUCAGAUUGUGAUCACUGGUAUAGGAGCAGCCUUGAUAGAUAAAGUUGGCAGGAAACCGCUACUACUGUUAGCUGGAUCCGGAUUGGUUGCAGGAUGUAUAUUUACCGCAGUUGCGUUCUAUCUUAAGGUUCAGGAAGUUAGUCUCGGGGCAGUCCCGGCACUUGCUGUAACUGGCAUCCUGGUCUACAUAGGAUCAUUUUCAAUAGGAAUGGGAGCAAUUCCAUGGGUUGUGAUGUCUGAGAUAUUUCCUGUCAAUAUUAAAGGGCAGGCUGGAAGCUUAGCCACUUUAGUGAACUGGUUUGGUGCAUGGUUAUGUUCCUACACUUUUAACUUUCUCAUGAGCUGGAGCUCCUAUGGUACCUUCAUUCUUUAUGCUGCAAUAAAUGCAGUGGCUAUACUGUUUAUAAUUGUGAUGGUGCCGGAAACCAAGGGCAAAAGCCUGGAACAAUUACAAGCAGCCAUUAAUGCGUAGGAAGCAGAGUUUAGCUUUGCAGUGUGUGAUGGGGAAAAAAAUAGAAGCAGGUUGGUGAUUGAAUUACUAGCCAUAUUGUUUAGUAUUUGUUUGCUUGUACAUUGAUGAUUGAAUUCAUUAAGGUUUAUAGUUCACAUUAGUUGUCUUCAUGUCAAUGAUUCAAUAAGUGUAUUCCAAAUCAGAAGUGUAAUAUUUACAGCUGCAUUCAUAGGGUGGGAGCCUACCACAAAAUUCAUGGCAUGUUUGAAUCUGCUUAUUGUUUCUCAGGAUCAAUUUUGGCACUCAACUUCUCAUAGAAGCUUCUUCUUAAAUUUGAUUGAGUUUAUGAUCGAUUGUAUCGAAGGUUUCCGAACAUGCACUGAUCUGUUCACCAGAUGUUAUUAGCUAUCAGUGUGGUAGAGGGUUGCAUGCUUAAUGGGCUUCUAUAUUAUGGGCCUCAAGUAACAAUGCCAAUUAUAAUUAGUUAAUAUUAUUUCUAUGUUUA